AAUCAGUCCUGGACAGUUCUGGAAAUUUCCGCAAACGGAAAAGGUGCUCUUGCUCGUUGCAACAUUCAGUCAGUCGUUUUCGUACGUGUAACGCAUAGUAGAAAAUCCACUUUCUAUCGAUCGCUAAAGUGAAUUUUUCCAAUCUCGAGCACGAGUUCUCGAAGGUAUCCGGCAAGAUGUCUUUGUUCGGGUCAUUUAUGGGCGAUGAUGAUAUUUUCAACAUUUUCGGAUCUUCCAUGCAUACCAUGAGGCAGAUGAACAGCAUGAUGAACUCUAUGUUCCAUAAUCCAUUUGAGAUGAUGGGGCAAAAUGCUCUUAUGCUCCAUCAUGGUAGAGGAUCUCAAAAUGAUAUGUCAGUCUCCUUGUUUGAUCCACAUUUUGGAAGAUUUGGUUUUAACAACAUGGCAACUGAUGGAAAUUGUCAUUCGUUUAUGAGUCAAUCUGUUAUGACUAUGUCCAACGGUCCCGAUGGACGUCCACAAGUUUACCAGGAAACCAUGUCUACCAGAAUGGCACCUGGUGGCAUAAAAGAAACUAAACAGACAGUAAGUGAUUCUCGUACUGGAACAAGGAAAAUGGCUAUUGGUCAUCACAUAGGCGACAGAGCACAUAUCCUUGAAAGAGAACGUAAUAUGCAUGGUGAGGAGGAAGAACGACAGGAAUUUAUCAAUCUUGAAGAAGAAGAGGCAGAGACUUUUAAUCGCGAAUGGGAAUCACAUACGCGGCGGGUACGUACUAGUGCAAUUGAUAGUGGAAAUUCAGCUAGAGUUGUCAGUAACAGCAGGCAUCGACCAGAGCCAAGACAGUUGGCCUUACCAUCUACCACAGAUCCAUCAGCAAGUCGACAUUCUAAUAAAGGUACAAGAUGGAUACCCAGUGCUAGACGUGCUAUAAGGGCCUUAAAUCCUUCCAAAGUAAAAAAUACUACUUCUCCUUCUACACGCUUCAAGCCUCCAGAAUCUGCAACAUCUUCGAGAGCUGAAGUGUUAUCGGCAUCACCGUCUGCAUCAGGAUCUCGAAAGCGCGAGCAUAAACCAGAUAGACAAGUUAGUAAUAAGCGUCACCAAGCUGUAUCCGAUAGUGACGACUAGAAUAUUUUAAACUAUUAUCUGCAACAUAUUUUAUCUGCAACCUAUAAUAAAAUCUCAUGUAACGAAAUUUAAAUUAAACAGACUAGGAA